UGGUCUGCAGAUCAGGCGUGGUAGCCAAUGAGCACGCUCUGGGUGAGCGGCGAGGGCAAUAUGGCUUCCUGCACCUGGUGACGGUUGAGGAAAUUGAAUUUGGUACCAUGGAGAAACCACGGGGCACUGAGGAGACGCCAUCUUCAGAGCCAAUGGAAGAAGAGGAGGAUGAUGACUUGGAACUCUUUGGGGGCUAUGAUAGCUUCCGGAGUUACAACAGCAGUGCAGGCAGUGAGAGCAGCUCCUAUUUGGAGGAGUCAAGUGAAGCAGAAAAUGAAGACCGUGAAGCAGGGGAGCUUCCCACCUCACCUCUGCCUUUGCUCAACCCUGGGAAUACCCGCUCCUUGGAUGGAAGUGGUUCCGAGCCAGCUGUCUGUGAGAUGUGUGGUAUCGUGGGCACAAGGGAUGCUUUCUUCUCAAAGACCAAGAGGUUUUGCAGCGUCUCGUGUUCCAGGAGCUACUCCUCCAACUCCAAGAAAGCCAGUAUCUUGGCUAGACUACAGGGAAAGCCGCCCACCAAGAAAGCCAAAGUGCUGCACAAGGCAGCCUGGUCUGCCAAAAUUGGAGCCUUCCUUCAUGCCCAGGGGACAGGACAGCUAGCAGAUGGGACACCCACAGGACAAGAUGCUCUGGUCUUAGGGUUCGACUGGGGGAAGUUCCUGAAGGACCACAGUUACAAGGCUGCUCCUGUCAGCUGCUUUAAACACGUACCCCUUUAUGACCAGUGGGAAGAUGUCGUGAAGGGGAUGAAGGUAGAGGUCCUCAACAGUGAUGCUGUGCUCCCCAGCCGGGUGUAUUGGAUUGCCUCCGUCAUCCAGGCAGCUGGGUACCGAGUGCUGCUCCGAUAUGAAGGCUUUGAAAAUGAUGCCAGUCAUGACUUCUGGUGCAACCUGGGGACUGUGGAUGUCCACCCCAUUGGUUGGUGUGCCAUUAACAGCAAGAUCCUGGUGCCUCCACGGACCAUCCACAUCAAGUGUACUGACUGGAAGAGCUACCUCAUGAAGCGGUUGGUGGGCUCCAGGACACUUCCUGCAGAUUUUCACAUCAAGAUGGUGGAAAGCAUGAAAUACCCCUUUCGGCAGGGCAUGCGCCUAGAGGUUGUGGAUAAGACCCAAGUGUCACGGACCCGCAUGGCUGUGGUGGACACAGUAAUUGGGGGUCGCCUACGGCUCCUCUAUGAGGAUGGUGACAGUGAUGAUGACUUCUGGUGCCAUAUGUGGAGUCCCCUGAUCCACCCAGUGGGUUGGUCACGGCGUGUUGGCCAUGGCAUCAAGAUGUCAGAGAGAAGAUGUGACAUGUCCCAUCACCCCACCUUCCGGAAAAUCUACUGUGACGCUGUUCCUUACCUCUUCAAGAAGGUCCGAGCUGUCUACACAGAAGGUGGCUGGUUUGAGGAAGGAAUGAAACUAGAAGCCAUUGACCCUCUGAAUCUGGGCAACAUUUGUGUAGCAACCAUCUGCAAGGUGAGCCUAGGCUACUCUCCCUCCUCCAGCAUGUUUCUGCUUCUUCCUUCCUCUCCAGGGUAUGAGACACGGCCUUUUAACUGGGAUACCUACUUGGAGAAGACCAAGUCAAAGGCAGCUCCAGCAAGACUCUUUAACAUGGACUGCCCCAACCAUGGCUUCAAGGUGGGCAUGAAGCUGGAGGCUGUGGACUUGAUGGAGCCCAGACUCAUCUGUGUGGCCACUGUGAAAAGAGUGGUGCAUCGGCUCCUUAGCAUUCACUUUGAUGGCUGGGAUAACGAGUAUGAUCAGUGGGUGGACUGUGAAUCCCCAGAUAUCUACCCUGUUGGUGGUGUCAGGGCAACACUGAGAGCUCUUGAAUUUUCUUCAUCUGUUGAUGGGGGAGAACCAAACACACCUCUGAAGGGCAAAGAGGUCACAAAGAAGAAAAAGAAACAAUUUGGGAAGAAAAGAAAAAGGAUCCCAUCAGCCAAGACUCGACCCAUCAGACAGGGCUCCAAGAAGCCCUUGCUGGAGGAUGACCUGCAGGCUUUGGGGGUCUCAUCGGAGCCAGUUUCUGAUGACAUUAUUGCUGUGUGUGUAAAGGAGGAGCACCAGGACAUGCCUUCGCCCGACCGGUCACCGAGUCCUCAGUUGCCUCUUCCCAUUGAGAGCAUCAAGCAGGAGAGGGACAACUGAGCCUUCCCUGGUGUCAGCCUGGACCCUAGGUGAAGCCAGGCCUGGCCAUGGAGCAGAAAGGAGGCCCAGCUUUCCUGCUGAGCAAUGAAUGGACAGCCUCGUCUUCUAGGGCCCACCUCUGCCCUCGGACUAGGCCUGAGGACUGGGCAGCUUGUUCUAAGCUGGCAUACUCGCUGCACCUCAGCACACUGGAAAACCGGACUGAUCCACAUGUCUACCCAUGCAGGUGGUGGAGUUAGAGAGCAGCUGUGAGUAGGACACCCUUAUGGACACUAGGUGUGAACAGAGCUACCUCUGCCUAAAACAGAUCGAGGGUCUUAUGUCUCCUGAGCACCCUGUUCUGCCCUAGUGCCCUAGGCCCCCACUUUGGCAAAUAACUGAGAAGUGACCAGGGUAGUAGGUUUGGGUAACUUGUGAGUGGCCUUGACCUCAGGGUUGGCAGGAACACUGACUUCCUUUUUUAAAAGAACAGUUGGGAUUACUUGCAGGGACCUGUGCCCCAAGAGGCUACUUGCUUCCAGAUACAGGAUCAGACAGUAGCGUGGCUCUGGGAUCCUGCCUGAGUUCAUGCUUCUCGAGAGCCUAGCUUGGGUUGGACCUAAUAUUUCCAUUCCCUCUUGGGUCAGCUGUCUUUACAUCAAGUUUGAGCUUUUGUUUUUCCCAGUCACAUACUUUUUGUUGUGGUGGGGGGGUGUUUGUUUUGUUUUGGUUGGUUUUUUUUUUUUUUUUUUUUUUUUUUUUUUUUUUGAGACAGGAUCUUUAAUUUUUAUGUAGACCAGGUUGGCCUCGAACUCAGAGAUCCACUUGCCUCUGUCUGCUGAGUGCUGGUGUUAAAGGCAUGCACCCGGCCCCAGUUAGAAACUCUUGAAACUGGUCAUCUAGCCCUCCAGUAACAUCUGGGAAACUAGGGGGCUCAUGCAGUUGGCCCUUUCUGUUCUCUGUGUUUUGGAGAAACAGUGCAGCCGUGGCUCCGUGUGCUGUUGGGCUGUGGCUGUGCUGUGUUUCAUAGCCAUGUUUUGCACUGGUCAGUCUGCACCAUCAUCCUGAGAUGUACUGACUGGCUUUGCUCAGGACCCAGACUGGGUUCAUCCCUGAGGUGACACACUGGGCAGGUUCAGAGAGAACUCAGUUCUGACUCACCUGCUACAGACAGCCCACCCUCUCAUGAGAGAGGCCUUUGUCAUAGCCUGAUUCCUCAAAGGGUGAAUAGGUUUGGAAGUAGGUUGAAGACCACAGCAAAAGGCAGGUUUGAUUCCCAGCACCCAUUCAUAAGCACCUGUAACUUGAGCUACAGAGCCUGUGCCUCUGGUUUCCAUGGGUACAAAUGUGCACAUAAACAUGUAAUUAAAAAUAAAAUCUUAAAAAAAAAAAAAAAAGGUGAGGUGAUACCAGGUGAGUGGACAUCUACCCCAGGAGAGGAUGCUGGGAGGGAGGCGAAAAUGGCCUAAGUGUGCCUAUAGCUGUCUGGAGCAUAAGACCGCCUGACAAAAGAGGGUGCACAUUUGGCCUCAUUCCUGGCCUGUCCUCCCCAGACUCCCAUCCUUUUCACAGAUGAGUAAAGGGAGUGUGGUGAUCAUGGUGAAACUUCAGAGCCUGGGCUGACUUGACCUUAGGCUUACUUGGUUAUUCUUGUUAUUUUAUUAAAGCAACAAAAACAGGGUCUUAUGUGGCCCAGGAUGACCUUAACUUCUGGCCUUUCACCGCCUGAGUGCCGGGUCUGCACAUGUGUGCAGUAUACUUAUAUGAGACAAGGUCCUUGCUGAAUGAAGUCCAACC